GUUUAUUAUUGGGGCGUCCAGAUCUGGAAAAUCGUGCCUGGCGUUCGACAAACGUCCAAACCAAUUUAAAGUAAUUUUAGCUAACGUCCAAACCUAUUUUUGUUUUUCAAUUGGUCCAAAAGGUGGAAUCUCCACUUCAAGAGCUCAACUCGACCUGACAGGACAGUGGAAUUAAUCACGUUGACUCAAUCAGCAAAGCGGUGGUAGAACUUAUACACGUGCGCAUCAGAGAUCAAAGCUUAUUUCAGAAACUGUAACCUCCACACGACCGCUGAAAUUACGUUGUCGCGGUCUCUCCCUAGCAGGUCUAGGGUUUGAUUUUCCUUAGCAGAUCUAAGGUUUAGUUCUUCCGACUGGUGAAUCCCCUUCACUUGUGUCCGGCGCUGGGAUUGGAUUUGAGGCAGAUUGACGAGAAUCCUUGCCCAAGCUUGACGACAUCGAAGCUAGAGUUCGGUGAUCAAUUUUUUCGUGAGCAGGGUAGCAAGGGCAUGACAGCGAUGAAGAUGAACGCUAGCGGUGGAUUUGCUACGAGCGCGAGACGAGGAGAGGUGCACGGAUUUCGAGCAGGCCAGAUGACGAUUGACAAUGGAGGAUCAAUUAGAAUGGUACCAAGGUCACGGCCUCCUCCUGAACCACCGCCAUGGGUUGUACGAGGUGUUAGAGUCUGUGGAAGUUUUCCUAUUAGUUAUUUUUAUUCAGUCAUUUGGCUUCUUGUUAUAGUCUAUGUUGUUAGGUUUGUAAGUUUGCUUGGGAAUUCAGCCUUUUUUAUGUCAUUGAGUAUGUUUGGAUCUAUAGGAACAGGGAUGGCUAUGUCAAGCCCGCUACAUGGUUAGCGAUUCACGUUGCUCUUUCAGGUGUGACUGUCUCUAAGUCUGAUCAUAGGGUUUACAGUCGUAGUUAUUGGAUUUUAGUUGGUGUCAAUUUUGUUUUUCUUUUGAUUGAUGUAAUGAUCCUGAACCUUAUGAUAUGAAAGAAGGUUAAGCUAGUUGACGAUAAA